CCGCCGCCGCCGCGCCGUGCGGGGCCUGGCCGCGCCCUCCCCGGGCGCCCGCCGGCUCGCAUGCCGAGGGGCUCCGGGGCGUAGCUGCGCGCCCGGCGCCGCCUCCGGGCUCCCCCGGCCCCGCCAUGGGCUGCUGCAGCUCCGCCUCCUCCGCCGCGCAGAGCUCCAAACGAGAAUGGAAGCCUCUGGAAGACCGCAGCUGCACAGACAUACCAUGGUUGCUGCUUUUUAUACUUUUCUGCAUUGGGAUGGGAUUUAUUUGUGGCUUUUCAGUAGCAACAGGUGCAGCAGCGAGACUAGUGUCAGGAUACGACAGCUAUGGAAAUAUCUGUGGGCAGAAAAAUGCAAAGUUGGAAGCAAUACCAAACAGUGGCAUGGACCACACCCACCGGAAGUAUGUAUUCUUUUUGGAUCCAUGCAAUCUGGACUUGAUAAACCGGAAGAUCAAGUCUGUAGCAUUGUGCGUGUCAGCAUGUCCAAGGCAAGAAUUAAAAACCCUGAGCGAUGUUCAGAAGUUUGCAGAGAUGAAUGGCUCAGCGCUAUGUAGCUAUAACCUCAAGCCUUCUGAGUAUACCACAUCUUCCAAAGCUUCUGUUCUUUGCCCUAAACUACCAGUUCCUGCGAGUGCACCUAUUCCAUUCUUCCAUCGCUGUGCUCCUGUGAACAUUUCCUGCUAUGCCAAGUUUGCAGAGGCCCUGAUCACCUUUGUCAGUGACAAUAGUGUCUUACACAGGCUGAUUAGUGGAGUAAUGACCAGCAAAGAAAUUAUAUUGGGACUUUGCUUAUUAUCACUAGUUCUAUCCAUGAUUUUGAUGGUGAUAAUCAGAUAUAUUUCAAGAAUACUUGUGUGGAUCUUAACAAUCCUGGUCAUUCUGGGUUCACUUGGUGGCACAGGUGUACUUUGGUGGCUGUAUGCAAAACAGAGAAGGUCUCCCAAAGAAACAGUGAUACCUGAACAGCUUCAAAUAGCUGAAGACAAUCUUCGGGCGCUCCUCAUCUAUGCCAUCUCCGCAACAGUGUUCACAGUUAUAUUAUUCCUGAUUAUGUUGGUCAUGCGCAAACGUGUUGCUCUCACCAUCGCAUUGUUCCAUGUGGCUGGCAAAGUCUUCAUUCACUUGCCACUGCUAGUCUUCCAACCCUUUUGGACGUUCUUUGCCCUUGUCUUGUUUUGGGCAUACUGGAUCAUGACACUUCUUUUCCUUGGCACUACUGGCAGUGCGGUUCAGAAUGACCAGGGCUUUGUGGAAUUCAAAGUUUCUGGGCCUCUGCAGUACAUGUGGUGGUACCAUGUGGUGGGUCUGAUUUGGAUCAGUGAGUUUAUUCUAGCUUGUCAGCAGAUGACUGUGGCAGGAGCAGUUGUGACGUACUACUUUACGAGAGAUAAAAGGAAUUUGCCAUUCACACCUAUUUUGGCAUCAGUGAAUCGCCUUAUUCGUUAUCACCUUGGUACUGUGGCAAAAGGGUCUUUCAUUAUCACCUUAGUCAAAAUUCCUCGGAUGAUCCUUAUGUACAUUCACAGUCAGCUCAAAGGAAAGGAAAAUGCUUGUGCCCGAUGUGUGCUGAAAUCUUGCAUUUGUUGCCUUUGGUGUCUUGAAAAGUGCCUAAAUUAUUUAAAUCAGAAUGCAUACACAGCCACAGCUAUCAACAGCACCAACUUCUGCACCUCUGCAAAGGACGCCUUCGUCAUCCUCGUGGAAAAUGCUUUGCGAGUGGCUGCCAUCAACACAGUGGGCGAUUUCAUGUUAUUCCUAGGCAAGGUGCUGAUAGUCUGCAGCACAGGAUUGGCUGGGAUUAUGCUGCUCAACUACCAACAGGAUUACACAGUCUGGGUGCUGCCUCUGAUCAUCGUCUGCCUCUUUGCUUUCCUAGUCGCUCAUUGUUUCUUGUCCAUCUACGAAAUGGUAGUGGAUGUAUUAUUCUUGUGUUUUGCCAUUGAUACAAAAUAUAAUGAUGGGAGUCCUGGCAGAGAAUUCUAUAUGGAUAAGGUGCUGAUGGAGUUCGUGGAAAACAGUAGGAAAGCAAUGAAAGAAGCUGGUAAGGGCGGUGUGGCCGACGCCAGGGAGCUAAAGCCGAUGGCUUCGGGAACAAGUUCUGCUUGAACGUAGCCGACCGUUACGGAACCCAUUGACAUUCCAAAACAAUAUAUACACAUAACUAUGUAUUGAUGUGUGUGGGUGUGUGUAUAUAUGUAUAUGUAUGUGUGUAUAUAUAUAUAUUUGUGCGUAUAUAUAUAUAUAUAUACACACACACAUAAUCAGCCAAAAUCAGAGAAAGGAACAGGGAUUUAAUACCUUUUUUAUGCUUAUUUUUGUCAAACAUGUACUCCUUUCAUACGGGUGGCUUUUACAAGGCAACUGCCGUCACUUAAUGUUUUCAAUUGUAAUUGUCUUAAUGGAAAUGUUAAGAUUCAUAUCUGAUUAACAUUUUUAAUAACAGAGAAAAUUUUAACUUUAGUUAUUUAAAUUAGGUAAAAUUAUUGUACUGAAUGCUCUGUCUAACAUUUUCAGGGGUGAUUACCCUGGUGUGUGCAUAAAAUCAAGAGCUUAUUUAACUGACGCAUCAGUCCUAGUAGAAAAGACUAGGCAUAUGCUUUCAGAAAAAUAAGGAAUCACUCCAAUCACUUCUCCCCAAUCAAAAACAGCCAUGUCAUUUUACUUUUAGGAACUUAUAAGCAGACCCAGUAUGGGUAUUUUCAUAAUCAUGCAUUUGUCAGCCAACAUUAAAAAGUAGCCAACUCCUCAGGUAUUUGUAAUUUACCCUAAAGCUUCUAUAAGAGAGUCCGUAAGAAAAGAAAGGGUAGAUCAUCUUUCUUAUGCAAACUUUUCUUAUAUUUUUGUCUUUUAAUUUAGACGUUAGUAACAGACUCCACACAUUGGUGUGCCUGAGUUGAAAGGAAGCUGGGACCACCAGCAAGAUGUAGCCUUUAAGUUUUUGUGUAUUGAUUUGCAGUUUAAAUAAUGCUGGGAGAAAAAAAGAAGGGAGGGAAACAUGAACAAAAGCCUUGCAAAUUCGGUGCUUGGGCUUUUGCUUCUGAGGAAUUUCAGUGACUUAGAGCUAACUGGCCAUUUUAUUCCAAUGCUUGCUAUAAAAUCUGAAAAUACACUAGCAGGUGCUCCUCUCCUUGCAAUUCAUUGAGUGUCCAGAAUCCUACAAUAUUUAGCUGAAGAAUUGGUUAAUGUCUUGAUCCUCAAGUGUUGAAUGUUCUUUUUGUUUGGGGAUGGGUUUGGGGUUUGUUUCGUUUUUUAUUCUUGAAGCUUACCAGAUAUGAAUGGCUAAUAUUCCAUUGUUCUGCUUAUUGUAAUGGUGAAUGCUUUAAGGAAAAAAAAAGUGUAAUUUGCUAAGAAUAAUUCAUGAUCUGUUUAUGCGAUAACUCCUUUUUGUUACAAUUUUUUUAAAAAAAGCUAUUUUUGUUAAUGUAAAGUAAAUAUUUCAGAGCAAAUUUUUUAAACUUAUUGCACUAAAUACAGGCUCUGUACAAAAAAAAAGCCUCAGCAUUUUAUCAUUCCAUGGAAGGAGAAUCUUUUGAAAGAAAGCAUUGCCUCCUACUAGAACGAGACAGUGAAUGAGACCGGUGUUAUAAAAAUUCAUCCAGUUAAUGUCAUAGGGCUUUAGCUUGACUCGCAGCCAUUGGCUAAUGUGCUUCCUUUCAAAGGGUUGAACCUUUAAAUUGCUGCAAAAUGUAAAUUGUACUUUUUUUUUGAAAGUAUCCGUGUCUUUUAUCUAGCUAGGUUAAAAUUUGCUGAACACCUUGGUUUCCUUUCAAAGCUCAUGUAAUAUUUCUGAUUUUUCAGAAUAUUUGCAAUAAGAAUCUGGCUUUUCAAAAAAAAAACCAUAAGAGUUCAUGUCUGGACAAAAUCUGGGAAAUCGACAUUGUGAGAGUAGUUUUUCUCCAACAAUAAUUCUCCAGAAUGAUUAACCCUCUAACAUCUAAUAUCACCAGACAGUGUCAUGAUACUCUUUUAUAAAAUCCUUUGAAAAUGAAUAAAUAUGAUUAUGUAACUAACAGUUAUCCAAAUAGAUGAGAGAGCAAAUCAUGGAAGACAAUUAAGAAUACCUUCUGUUAGUAGUCGUGUAUGUUUUGGACAUUAAGAACACGCUGGGAAUUAAAUUUAGGAUUGACAAAACUCUGGAAGAUGGGUAUCAAACAGAAGACAUUCCAGGAGCUAGCUAUUUUAGGAAUUGUCCCUCCCAAGGGACCUGAUGGAAGUCUUGAAUUUGGAAAGUAGGUUCUGCUCACUUGGACACCCAACAUCAUGGACUCCUGGCUGCUCCCUGUCCCAUUUGCUCGCAAUCUCAGCUAUUUGGAAGCCACCAGGAAUGCUUUCUAAUUAUCAUUUGCAACUAGAACUGUAAUCAGAAAGAAAUUUUGUAUUUUUGUAUAACUUGACUGUGUGCCAUUUUAUAUAACAGGUCCUGUUUUACAAAUAAAUUUUGUUUUACUAA